CGUUUAAAGUUUAAUCCUUUUCCUCUUCUUUGUUUCUAAAAAGAGAAAAGUCAGUUAUGGCAGAUAUCUCGGGAAACGGCUAUGGCAACGCCAGAGAAGAAGUAGUAAUGGUGAAUCUCAAGGAAGAAGUCGAACAUCAACAACAAAUAGAAGCUUUUGAUAACCCUACACCCUUGAAGAAACAAGACUCCCUGCUCUCAGUCUCUGUCCCUUUCUUACAAAAGUUGAUCGCGGAGUUUCUUGGAACCUACUUUUUGGUAUUCACCGGUUGUGCAUCGGUGGUUGUAAACAUGCAAAACGACAAUGUCGUGACUCUUCCAGGGAUUGCCAUCGUUUGGGGACUCACCAUCAUGGUCCUUAUUUACUCUCUUGGUCACAUUUCCGGUGCUCAUAUCAAUCCGGCCGUUACAAUCGCCUUCGCCUCGUGCGGCCGUUUUCCUCUCAAACAGGUUCCGGCAUAUGUGAUAUCACAAGUGAUCGGAUCAACGCUCGCGGCUGCGACUUUACGGUUGUUGUUCGGGCUUGAUCACGACGUUUGUAGCGGGAAACAUGAUGUGUUUAUCGGAUCAUCACCGGUGGGAUCGGAUCUGCAGGCGUUUGUGAUGGAGUUUAUCGUCACUUUCUAUCUAAUGUUCAUCAUUUCUGGCGUUGCUACCGAUAAUAGAGCGAUCGGAGAACUUGCUGGAUUAGCAAUAGGAUCAACAGUGCUACUUAACGUGCUAAUUGCUGCACCGGUAUCGAGUGCGUCGAUGAAUCCAGGAAGAAGUUUAGGACCUGCAAUGGUGUACGGUUGCUACAAAGGAAUUUGGAUCUACAUAGUUGCUCCAACUCUUGGUGCCAUUGCGGGUGCAUGGGUUUAUAACACGGUUAGAUAUACCGAUAAACCAUUGCGAGAAAUAACUAAAAGUGGUUCGUUUUUAAAGACCGUGCGAAUCGGUAGCUCUUGAUAAGAGAAAAGAAAACAUGGGGUAUAUUAAAGAAGUGAUGGAGUAUUUUCAAAUGAAUGUAACAACUUUCACCACACCUUUACGUAUAUGGCUUGUAUUAAUUGCUACGUUUAUCUCUUUCAUUUUAAUGCCAAGAUUCUCUAUCUUGCUAUUAAUGUGUAACUGUAUCGUAUAUUUUUAAAUAAUAAAAUUCAAUUCUGGAA